CGACACAACCAACACGUGGCCUUCAACACUCUUUCAACCGCUGGUCGUCCUCGAACCAUUUUUUUUCUUUUGUAUGGUCCGAAACCAAUGGCUGCGAGCGCAACCGCGAGGAUAGGAGCCACCGUCGGGAUCGCGGCCGUGCCGACACACCGAGUCACCUCCACCGCCACCACCGCCUCCGCCUCCUCCUCCUCCGCCGCGGCCGCCGCCGCCAUGACUCCGUCCGUCGCCGCCUCCCUCCCCCACCGCCACUCCCUCCUCUACUCCAACAGCUGGUUCUCCGCUCGCCGCCCUUCCUCCCUCCGCCUCGACUCGCCCCGCCCGCGCUCUCUCCUCCCUCUCCGGGUCAGAGCUUCUUCUUCCGACGACUCGCCCUCGUCCGGUUUCUCAGCCAGAGGAGUGGAGAAUGUGGUGAUCAUUGGUUCAGGUCCUGCUGGAUACACGGCAGCGAUAUAUGCUGCCCGUGCCAAUUUGAAACCGGUAGUUUUUGAGGGGUUUCAAGUAGGUGGUGUACCAGGAGGACAGUUGAUGACUACCACUGAAGUGGAGAAUUUUCCUGGUUUCCCUGAUGGAAUCACUGGUCCAGAUUUGAUGGACAGGAUGAGGCAGCAGGCUGAGCGUUGGGGAGCAGAGUUACAUCAAGAAGAUGUAGAAUUUCUUGAUGUGAAGAAUAGCCCUUUCACUGUGCGAAGUGGUGAACGUGAGGUUAAGUGCCAUAGUCUUAUAUAUGCUACAGGAGCUACAGCGAAAAGACUUAGGAUACCCCGUGAAGACGAAUUCUGGAGUAGAGGAAUCAGUGCUUGUGCUAUCUGUGAUGGUGCAUCACCACUCUUUAAGGGGCAAGUGCUCGCUGUGGUUGGAGGGGGAGAUACAGCUACAGAGGAAGCACUGUACCUGACUAAAUACGCUCGUCAUGUUCACUUGCUCGUACGUAGGGACCACCUUAGAGCAUCCAAAGCAAUGCAAGAUCGAGUGUACAAUAAUCCAAAUAUCACCGUGCACUUCAACACGGAGGUUGCCGAUGUUGAGAGCAAUUCAAAAGGUCAAAUGUCUGGCCUUCUACUUAAAAGAGUUGACACGGGGGAAGAGUCUGUGCUCGAGGCAAAGGGUUUAUUCUAUGGUAUAGGCCAUUCUCCAAACAGUCAGUUGUUGGAAGGGCAGGUUGAACUUGAUCAUACGGGUUACGUGUUGGUCGAGGAGGGUUCUGCAAGGACUUCCGUACAAGGUGUAUUUGCUGCUGGAGAUGUACAGGACCAUGAAUGGAGGCAAGCCGUAACUGCUGCUGGAUCAGGAUGUAUCGCUGCUUUGUCGGUGGAAAGAUAUCUUGCAAGCAAUAAUCUGCUUGUGGAGUUUCAUCAGCCUCAUACUGAAGAAGUUAAGAAAGAAAUUACAGAUAGAGAUGUGCAAGAGGGUUUUGAUAUCACACGGACCAAGCACCGGGGGCAGUAUGCUCUACGGAAGUUGUACCAUGAAAGCCCUCGGCUUGUAUGUGUACUAUAUACAGCACCAACAUGUGGUCCCUGCCGAACUUUGAAGCCUAUUCUUGGCAAGGUGAUAGAUGAAUUUGAUGAAAAUGUACAUUUUGUUGAAAUUGAUAUCGAAGAAGAUCAAGAAAUAGCAGAAGCAGCAGCAAUUAUGGGCACACCGUGCGUGCAGUUUUUCAAGAAUAAGGAGAUGAUCAGGAUGAUCUCAGGAGUCAAAAUGAAGCAAGAGUACAGAGAAUUUAUUGAGGCAAACAAAUGAGAACAUUUCCCGUACUUGUUUAGUUGCUGCCAAUGUCUGCCUAUUCAGUUUUGUUCCAUCCAAGCUAGCCGGUCGAAUAAUGCCCAUUCUAUUGCUCGAUGAGAUCUUUCUAUUUGUUAAUCCCAAUGGAUUAUCUCUACCGA